UACUCAUGCACGCGCUGGUUUCCAUGACGAUAGGGUACUCGGUAAACGCCCGCGGGUUUUUCAUGCUGGGAGCUAGAGAUCCGGAGAAGUAGCGAGGGAUACAAAUGGCGCCGCUGGUGCUGAGAGCCAAGUGCGUGGUCGUCGGCGAUGCAGUCGUGGGAAAGACGGCUCUCGUCCAGAACUUUGUGAGCGACGGGACCAAGUUCCCCAAGAACUAUUCCAUGACAAUGGGGGUUGACAUACUGGUGAAAGCUGUCCACAUCCCUGACACACAGACUACAGUCGAACUAUAUAUCUAUGACACUGCAGGCAAAGAGGUGUUUGCUGACUUUGUCCCUGAAUAUUGGGAGAACCCAGGUCUAGUGAUGGUGGCGUAUGAUGUAAGUCAGGAGGAAUCGUUUGACAGCUGUGUCAAGUGGCUGGAGAGGGUCCGGGCCCAGAAACCUGCAGUGGAGGCCCAACUGCCAGGGGUGCUGGUGGCCUGCAAGUGUGACCUGGAAGCCAGGAGGGAGGUGAGUGAGGAGAGAGGGAGAGAGCUGGCUGCAAGUAAAGACCUCGUCUACUUUGAGACCUCAGCCCGUGAUCACAGAUGUGUGGACAAGCCCUUCCUCUACCUAGCCUCCCAAUAUAGACAACUAUACCAACAAAAUGAGUUGGCUUUACAGGAAAUGACGUCACAUUAAUUACUGUAAUUAUGUGUUGUUGAAUUCCUGCCAUUAUUGCAAUCAAUAAAGUGGGCGGUGACUGCUGCAUGCUCGAGCAAAACAGCGAGGUUUACUGUUCAGUUGGGGUUUUAGAACACGAAGCAAAGGCCAGGGAGCGCAGGAGGUGAACCGUGUUCAGCAAGGGAACCAGAGAAAUGGACGGCGCGUGGCACUGGGUCUCGUGUCUGGGCAAGAGGCCCAGCAGACGAUCUGAGACUGAUCUGGACAUCAUAAUGUCUAGGAUGAAGUCAAUGGUGGUGUUUGAGAGAUAUCCUGAGUCAGCACUGCACGAGCUGAGUCGAGUGGUCCUCUACGAUACACAUCUUGCCAAUACAACCUUGUUUCGUCCAGGAGAGAAUGGGAUGUAUUGGUAUGUGGUGGUCUCUGGUACUCUGGAGAUGUUCAAUGUGGACUCUCGCCAUGACAAGAAGACGACUCUCAUAUGUCAGCUGCAAAGUGGAGAUUCAUUUGGAGAGAAUGUCGUCCUGGAGGCCACCAGAGAGACGAUGGUGGUCACCAAGACUUACUGUGAACUGCUCUAUGUGGAGGCUGACAACAUUCGACGGAUUUAUGAGACACACAAAGAUGUGAUGGAGAACUUGCUGCAUCCUCGUGCAGCAGCAGUAGGAACUGAAGAGGCAGAUGGGGAGGAGGGAGGGGCUUUCCCUCAGUCGGAACUGGCCCUGGCUGGAGCAACUGUCCAUGAGAUCAUCACCUCUCACUAUCCCAAUCUCUUAGCUGAUCACAGGGUUAACAUGUACACCUACAAGUCGUGUUGCAGUGGCUCUGGACUGGUCGACUGGGUUAUUGCGCAAUCUGCCAUCCCUCGUACCCGUCAGCAGGUGGCUCAGAUGUGGCAGGCCCUCCUCCUGGAGACAGUUCUGCAGCACAGUCACAAGGUUCACCCAUUCCUGGAUGAUCCUCAGUUGUUCUACAAGUUCUGUGAUCUCAACUCCUCCUCCUCCUCCUCGUCCUCCUCGGAGCGCAGUGCCCCCCUCGUUGGGGGUCGUCUCCAGCAACUCAUGAACCUCUUCUCAUUCAGCAGAAAUUCGACCCCCUCUGCCUCCCCUGCCCCCUCGCCGACCCCUAGGAGACGACCUAAUUCCGGGGAAGACGCUAUCGUCAACGGACGACCGAGAUCAGCGAGUUCGGUGGGGGCGGAGUCUCGAAGUUCGCGUGGCUCCAUUCACUCGGUGCUGGAGGAGUGUUUCGACACCAUCUCCAGACUGAGUCCAGAGGUCCUCAUCCUUGCCACCCUCGCCAAGGAGCCCUGUGAGAGAACGGAGGAGGACAAGAACAUGAUUUACGAGGAACUGCUGAAUGUGCGCGCUCUCCGUCACCUCACUAAUGCCGUCAAGAGAGAAGUGGCUGCGUGCGUGAGACUGCAGCAUCAUCCAAGACCUGGCCAGUACUUGUUCCAUCAAGGAGAAAAAGGAGAUUCAUGGUACGUUGUCCUGAAAGGAUCAGUCAACGUCAUCAUCAAGGGGAAAGGUGUGGUGUGUACGCUCCACGAGGGAGACGACUUUGGAAAGCUGUCUCUCCUGACAGCCGGGGAGCGGAGUGCCUCCAUUCGGACUCGGGAACCCAACUCGUACUUCCUCCAGAUUGAGAGCAACGACUUCAGACGGAUCCUCAUGUCAGUGGAAGACUCCACCCUCAAGAUUACCCACAGAGGUCGAGAGGUCAUGCAUCUACAGAGAGAGACCGUCGGCAGCUACACCGUGAUCCGAGGGACCCCUGAGAGAAUGUUGGACCACCUUGUGGGGUCAGAGGUCGACACAUCGCAAGAAGGCAGUUUUGCCCACGACUUCUUCCUCACCCACGUGGCAUUCAUGUCCAUGGCUGACGUCUGCUCGGGGCUCCUCACCAGGUACAGGGAGAAGAAGGAAGAGGAGAAGGAAAGCGAAGGGGAGGUGGUGACCACUACGAGGAAGAAGAGGAUCGCUAGGGCCGUCGCUGUCUGGAUCAACGUGGCCAAGUCUCAACUUGUCAAGGACGCAGUGUUCCUGGGCCUGCUGAAGGAGCUGCAGGACGGGCUGGAGGCAGACGGCCUAACGGAGGAACUGGAGGUACUCAACACCUCUCUGUCUGAGAGUAUUCGCUCCGCUAUUCUCGGGAAACACACUCACAGCCCCGUGCUCUCUGGCAGUCUGAACCACAUCCUCAGCAAGGGGAGAGGCCGAGGAGGAGGUCUGGAGGAGCCUAGAAUAACACUGGGAAUCUGCAGUGUUCCUCCCGCCCAGCCGCAGGACAUGGAGGGGGUCAGAGUUCACACAGAAGAGCACAUCUGCUGUCGCCUCGUGGUACCCUCUCUCUCCUCUCUCCCCCUCUCUCCGCUCUCCUCUCUCCCCCUCUCUCUCCUCUCUCCUCUCUCCCCCUCUCUCUCUUCUCUCUGUAUUGAACCUCCGAUAAGGGACCCUCUGAGAUAGGGUCAACCUCUCUACAAGGGCCACUUGUUUCAACCCCAUGCUAAUACUUUAGUGUCCUCUCUCUCUCUCCCCAACUCUGGCGGUGCCACCAGGUGAGACUGGAUACCAAGGCCGGAGCCAUCAGGGAUGAGGCCUGCUCCAAACUCCACCUACCAAAGUUCAAGUAUCAGCUGUGUGAGGUGACCUCGUCCGGCCAGAAGAAAGUUCUGAAAGAAGACGAUAUUUCGGUCAUGAGUGAGACUAGUGUCAACGGACGUCUCUUUAUUCUGCCUCGCAGCCACUCCCAGAGAACUGUGUCGCCGCUGCAAGACCAGAACGUGAAGCCAGUCAUUCCGUUCCCGGAGGACUCGGCACGCGAGAUUGCAGCCCACCUCACCCUCUUCGACUGGAACCUCUUCUCAAACACACAGCAGAUGGAGGUCGUCUACAACGUCUUCGGACGACACAAGUUCGGGAAGAUUGUCACGAACCUUGACCUCUUGCUGCGGAGGUUCAUAGAGGUGAAGUUUUGGAUUGUCACGACGAUGUGUAUGGAGCCUGACCUCACUAGGCGUGUUGCACUGUUAAAGAAGUUCAUCAAAAUUGCGGGAUACUGCAAGGGGCACAGUAACGUGAACUCAUUCCUGGCCAUUGUUCUGGCUCUGUCCAACCCUGCAGUGUCGAGGAUGAAACUGACGUGGAAGGAGCUGGCUCCCAAGAUGAAGAGGAGGUUCGACUCGUUCGACGCGAUCACUGACCCGUCACGGAACCAGAAGGUACUCAGAGCAUACCAGAGCAAAUUGCCACGCCCUGUGGUCCCCUUCAUGCCUCUCGUCAUGAAAGACAUGGCGUUUCUCCAUGAAGGGAACGAGACUAUGAUUGAGGGGCUGGUCAACUUUGAAAAGAUGAGACUGCUGGCUGAGAAGGUGAGGUCGCUGUUUGAGUUCAGGACUGGCAGUCUCCCUAACGAUGUCUGUCUCCUUGCCAACAAGAACCCUGAACUCCAGAAGUACAUCAGGGAUAUCAGAGUGGUGGAUAACCAACAGACGUUAACUCAGCUGUCUCAUGAGGUGGAGCCGACUGUCCGUCCUCUCAGUACAUAGCAGCGUCCCACCAUCAUAUCCGUCUGUCUCCAUGUGUGUGACCAUCACAUCCGUCUGUCUCCAUGUCUGUCUAUAAUCAUUAUCCUUCUCAUUAUAUUCGUGUUUCUCUUCACUUUAAAAUAUUAUAUGCCUUUAUAAUUUUUUUAAAAUCACAAAUCAUUUGUGUGUAUAUGCAGUAAAAAUUAUCAGCAUUCAGCAUUCUACUAAAGACAUGAGUUUAAAAAGUCAUUUGGUUGAUUUUGUGUACGUUGAUCCAAAAUUGGAUGAGGUGACAUCAUAAUGAUGUAAUCAAAUAGCGGAGGUCUGGAGAGAAAGGCGAUGGGAGGGGAGAGAGACUAAGGUACUGAGCCGCUUGUCUCGGAGUGCCACGCCCCUUUCUUCCUCUGACAUGUCCUGGAGAGCCGACAACCUCUGCUGCAAAGAAGCCACGCCUCCUCCUCCUCCAGAAGCCACACCCUCUCCUCCGUCUGUGGUGUCCACAGCCUCUUCUUCCUUGGUCUUCUUCUGCAGCUGCUGUCCAUAAAACGUUGAAUCAGCUGCUUCCUGCAGCAGUUGUUUCUUGAGGAGAAGGAAGCCGCGUUUCCUAGCCCUAAUGACAACCCACUGGGCAUAGCUCACCAAUAGGAGUAUCAUGAUGACUGGGAGAAGAAAACUGGUACUCUGGAAGUAGUCAAAGACCUGCUGCACUCUGCAGUCUGCUCCCUCAAGAACCUCUGUCACCACGUCGUAGAUCAACUCUUUUCCUCUGAAUGGUCCACAGGUCUGGGAAGGGUGGAGACGAGCCACGGUGUAUCCGGUGGGGACGAGGGAGGCAAGGAGGACUGCAAGGAGGAGGAACAGGAACAGGAAAUUGGUCCGGGUGGCUUUGAAUGCUCCUCUAGUGUUGGGUGCUAGGUUCCACAUGAGGCUAUACUUCUUCACGUAGAAGAGCAUGAAGGAGGUGACUAGGAUGACAAAAGGGAGGAACGGAGAGUAGAAAAAUCCAAGCCUGCCACAGAGACAAACAAAAUUAUGAAUCCAGAAAAAAAUUGCACCAAAAUUUAAACAAAAAGCGUUCGUCCAAUGUCUAUUAAAAUGCAGCAAGAAGAACUGAAGAGAGCCUGUGGUGUGUAGUGGAGAAGGCAGCUCACCAGAGGAGGGCCUGGGUGUAGAUGAGAUCCAGGAUGCUCUUGGCAAUGUUGAAGUUGCCUUUCCCCACUCGCUGACUGAACACCUUGUACGGCAGCCUACUCAUCACA